UUUGGGUCAAUCGUGUUCUCGUCAAUUAUUGUAUCGGAGACUCUCUCUCUCACUCUCUCUGCGGUUUUCUUUCUAGACUCUUCCACUCCUUCUCCCGCGACGCCUGCCUUCCAUGGCUACCGAUCUCGAAGCCAAAGCCAAAGAGGCUUUUGUCGAUGACCACUACGAGCUCGCCGCGGACCUCCUCACUCAGGCCAUCGCCAUCAACCCUAGCGCCGAGCUCUAUGCGGACCGGGCCCAGGCUAACAUCAAACUCAGCAACUACACUGAUGCUGUUGCUGAUGCAAACAAGGCAAUUGACUUGAAUCCUGACCUAGCAAAAGCAUAUUCGCGCAAAGGUAUUGCGUGCAUGAGGCUUGAGGAAUAUCAGACUGCUAAAGAUGCUCUGAUGAAAGGUGCUUCAUUGGAUCAGGGAGAAUCAAGAUUCAUUACUUUGAUCAAAGAGUGUGAUGAUCUUAUUGCAGAGGAAAGUGCUCAAAAUAGCACCAAAACUAUCCAGGAAAAGAGUCCCACCUCUGAUGUUUCUUCAGAAAAUGUUAAGCUAGAGAGCAACCUUGCCUCAAAUAUAGAGAAUGACCUUUCAAAACAGGUGGCAGAACCAGCAGCUAAACUUAAGUACAGGCAUGAAUUCUACCAGAAACCUGAUGAAGUUGUUGUAACCAUAUUUGCCAAGGGAAUCCCGCGGGAUAGAGUUACUGUUGACUUUGGUGAACAAAUACUAAGCGUUUGUAUUGAUGUUCCUGGUGAGGAUGGAUAUACUUUUCAACCUCGCUUAUUUGGAAAGAUAAUACCUGCAAGAAGCAGAUAUGAGGUAUUGUCUACCAAAAUUGAAAUUCGCCUUGCUAAAGCAGAACCUUUACAAUGGACUUCUCUUGAAUUCACUGGGCAAAUUACUGUUCAAAGACAGGUUAAUGCAUCCUCAGGUCCAAGGCCUACUUACCCGUCCUCAAAACCAACAAGAGUAGAUUGGGAUAAACUUGAGGCUCAGGUUAAGAAAGAGGAGAAAGAAGAAAAGCUUGAUGGUGAUGCUGCACUGAACAAAUUUUUCCGUGAAAUAUAUCAAGAUGCGGAUGAGGACACAAGAAGAGCAAUGAGGAAGUCAUUUGUGGAAUCUAAUGGAACUGUACUGUCUACUAACUGGAAAGAAGUGGGAUCAAAGAAAGUAGAGGGAAGUCCUCCUGAUGGCAUGGAGCUUAAAAAAUGGGAAUAUUAAUCUGUUGUAGAAUUUAUGCAUGUUCUUUAUGGUGUGGAAUUAUGUUCUGGGUGCUUUGUUUUUGGUAGAUAACUAGCUGCUGAGCAACAGGAGCUUCAACUGCUUUAAUUUUCGUUUAUUGUCAUGUGGGGUAUAUUUAUGCGAACCAGAUCAGUCGUUUGUUUUAUUGUGUCUUCUGUUUUGUGAAUGUAAUGCAGUCAUAGAUCAUGUGAACCAAUUUUCGUUUACCUAA